AAGCUGAUACCGUCAAUGGUCAUAGAGAGCGGAGGAGGAGGAGGAGAUGCAAGACGCCGAAGUGGGUGGCCCAGAAGCCAGCUUCAGGGCGGCUCGCACCUUCCUCAAACCAUCCUUUUCUGCCAUUUAAAACAGGGGAGGGAGGAGCAGUGUCAUACCAUCUGAUCUCUGAUUCCACAGCAAUAUCUCAUUUGUUAAUGACCUCUCCAACCAUAACAGUUCCAUCACCAGAUUCACAACCCUACCAAACUCCUCACGAUAUAUAUCGCCCGGGCCAGAGAAGAAGGUGAUCGGAUCUCUCUCUGCACCCACCCGGAGCAUCAUCCAGAGGUGCUCUCCAUCCUGUCUGGCUCGUACAACUCGAGCAGAGCAGCGGAGAACAGGAGGAGAAAGACUUGGAUCUGCGAAGCUCAAGUCCCACCGUACAACAGGAGACCAGGAAGAGGGGGGAGAGGAAGAGGAAACCCAGCUCAGAGGCCUUGCCAUACUCUUCUUGGAUCAACAUGGGGUUCCCGGUGGGCUACUCGGAGCUGCUGCUGCCGAGAUUUCUCCUCCACAUAGCCUUAAUCCUCGGCUACGUGCGGCGAUUCAUCUUCCGGGCCUUCGACGCCGUGGGCCUCGGCGACCUCCUCGACACCGACGCCCCUUGGCCUGAGAACACCGGCCACCGCAAUCUCGACCACGACGACCACCACCACCACCACGGCAACCUCCAGCAGCCACGAUUUCGGUCGGUGUCGGCGAUGCUGAUCCAGGAGGCGCUUCCGGUGGUGAGGUACGAGGAGCUGGCGGCGGCGGGGCAGCACGUGGGGGGCAGCUGCGUGGUCUGCCUCUAUGACUUCGAGGCGUCGGAGGAGGUCCGGAGGCUGAGCAACUGCCGGCACGUGUUCCACCGCGGCUGCCUCGACCGGUGGCUGGAGCACGACCAGCGGACGUGCCCGCUCUGCCGCACGCCGCUCGUCCCGGAGGAGAUGCAGGUCGCGAUCGACGAUCAAAUGUGGGCAGCCGCCGCCGUCCCGGACUCGUACUACGACGACUUCUUCUUCUCUUUCCCGUUUGCAUCGGCCUCGCCGCCGAGCCCGACUCUGCUACUCGCCCACCAGCUCUUCUCUUCCUCGUAGGUGGAGAAGAGACUUGGAUCGGCCAAUUGUACAUAGAGUAAGUAGUACACCACUGGAAGGUGAACGGCAGAAACAGAGCAUAAAAAAAAAGAAAGAAAGAGUUGAAGUUUCCCGAGGAAAGAAAAGGAAAAAAUAAGUAAAAAUAACAAACAAAAAAAAGAAAGAAAGAAAAAGUAUCGGAGCCACUGCUUCUUCCCCAUGUGUAGUUUGGUAAGUGAAUAUAAUUCGUAUUGCAGAGUUGGAAAAGUCGACUGCAAACCUUUCUCUUCUUCCCUUUCGCUUGUGAAUUUUGAGGGUUAAGCAUCGGUAUAUGAUAGAAAGAUCGACGGAGACGAGCUCAAGCUUACCGGAUAAUGAGUGCGGCAAUCACCAGCUUGAAGAAGAAGAUGGUCGUCGAUGCAUCAUCCCCUUCGCAGAGAAGAGAGCUAAAAUAUGUUUAGCUAGUUUCAUGUAAAAAUCCUUUUUCUUGUUAAGUUGGGUGCAAAUUCUAACCACUCUCAAAUCAA